UUUAUGUAUAUGUAUAUAUGUAUUGCUUUGCCUGAUAAAAUUUAUAAAAAUCAUUGCCUAAUGAGUAAGUGUUUUGCUGACUUUCUGCGUCCAAAAGCUAUUGCAAUCGACGGAGAUAUGAUAAGGGCGCAAAAAGGCUCGAUUAUCCAGUGAUUCAGAGAGUUGACAUUGAAAAACAAAUGCAAUGCCAACACAGUGGGAGUGAGAAGGAAGGGCAAGGAUAAAGUAAAUGGUCGAUUGGACUAGUACAUAAGCUCAUAAACUACACACCCAAUUAUGCCCUGCGAGAGUUGUGGAGUAGAGUUCACCGUAUUUCGUCGGAAGCGCGCCUGCUUUGAUUGCAAGCGCUUUUAUUGCGCCAACUGCAUAGAUGCCAGGCGCUGCCAGCGAUGUGCGAUAUUUGCUCAAAGACCGCUGCUGCGGACCGACUUGCAGAAGCUUAAGCCGAAGGAUCUUAUAUUUUACUUGCAGUCUAAGCAUAUUUCCACUGAUGGCUGCUUGGAGAAAGAGGAACUUGUCGGUCUGGUGCUGGCGCAUGUGGCCCAAGUGGACACUGGUCGUGCUAGCAAUGCUCCUCACAGUCCUGGACGAGGACAGGCCAACCCCAUUGAUAGCAUCAAACAAUCGUGCCAAAAUUUCUUUACUAAUCUAACCGACAACUUAAGUGAUUCCUUUGCUUCGUUCGAUACAAAGGCAAGUUCAAAGCCGCCGGAAAAUGGCCGUCAAGCCGGCGGGGGCACUGAAGCACCCUCGCAUAUAUUUGAGCAGCCACGAGUGUCCACGCGGGAGAUUCCCACAUAUGCCAGUGCCGUGAACGGCUCUAGUGGGCCCGAACGGGUUCAUGUUCAUGCCACUACGAACGGCAGCAGCCGUAGCAGCAAUAGUCCGUCGACUUCCACACAGCCAUCUAGUAGCCGCGAUGCUGAGCCCACUCCACAAAACAGCCGAGACCGUGGUAAUCAAAGCGAGCAAACGAUUGAAAAAGUCCAUGACAACCGAUCCGAGUGCGAGUGUUUUGAUGAUGAAAUUAUGGCCUCGUUCAGUGAACGCGUUACGGGUGGGCAAGCCAAUCUAGCGCCAGAGCCAAGCUCAGCUGGAUUGGGUCCGGGUCCAUCUACAGCAAUAAACAGAACCACUAACACGAGUCCAGGCUACUCGAAUAUACUGGAGGAUACUGGCAAGGAUGCCUGCGGGGCAGAUGUUUCCUCACAGUCGAGUUUCGAGGAGCUAGGCGCUAUAGGGGGCAUAUCCGACGAAAGCAAGACCACCACAGACACCAACAGCAGCAACCUCGACCAGUGGCAAGUGCUAGAGGUGAAGAGGAUCGACCCAGCAGCUGACACGCCAAGUACUAGCCACACGGAGGAAAUUCUAGAAGUGACUCUGCGCAGCCGACCAUCCCGGGACGGAGACGAAGGGGCGGACACCACAGAGACCCUCAACAUUGAGCAGCGCUCUGUUGCCCCAAACAAUUGUCCCGCUGUGCCGCAACGCUCAAAGAAAGUCACCCGACGUCGUUCCGAUGGCUACUUGAGUCGUACUCAUCAUUCCAGCGACGAUGAAUCGCCCGUGGCAUCUGGGGGACGAGGGCUUACUUUGGGUCUUUCCACCCUGAGUGAACAGCCCGAGCCAGCCACAUACUCGCAGCGGCAAAGCUGUCAGCGAUGUGGAAAGAACAAGACAAAUAUUCGUCGGCAAGUGGAGAAGAUGCGGCGGCAUCUGGAGAACUCGCAAAUGUCUGAGGAGGAUAUCAAGAGAGAGCUGCAGUACUUUCUCACGUACCUGGAACAACGCACAAAGUCUGUAGACGGCUCUGAGGCAGGCAGCUACGCUGUAUCUCCUCUGAGUGGAGAGGCGGUCAGCGUGGCCGGUGGGGGGAGAUCUUCGGCUAUGCCAAUUACGCCUACAAUUGAGUUCUCGCCAACGCAGGAUGAUGAUAUUCACUGGGACGAUGACGAGGGCAUUCAUGUGUAUGCAGCGCCUUCGGACUAUGAGCCGGCGGCCUGCAUUGAUUCGCGAUUUGUUAAUUUGCAGGAUUUUGAAGAUUUAAAUGAUUUGGAGAGUCUGACGGUGAAACAAUUGAAGGAAGUCCUCAUGUUGCAUCGAGUCGACUACAAAGGCUGUUGUGAGAAACAGGAACUGCUCGAUCGAGUGAGCAGGCUCUGGAAGACUAUGCGCUCGACACCAGCUGUGGAAAAACUGGCUACGGAUGAGCUUUGUAAGAUUUGCAUGGAUGCGCCCAUUGAGUGCGUAUUCCUGGAGUGCGGGCACAUGGCCACGUGCACGAAAUGUGGCAAAGUGCUGAACGAAUGCCCCAUUUGCCGACAAUAUAUUGUACGAGUUGUAAGAUUCUUUAGGGCAUAAUUUUGAUUUCAAUAAGGUUACUGGUAUUGUUGUUAGUGGAGAUGGGGCCUGGGGGCCGCCCCCCACCUUUGCAGGUCAAAGUGCAUCGUCCAGAGAUGUACGCCAAGCCCGGGUCCAGGCCCACACCCAAGCCAAGCGGGAGGAAUAUUUGUUUCCUUUGAUUGUACAUUGAUGCAAGUGCAAGCAGAAAUUUGUUUUUAUGCUUUACGAUUUAGUACGUUGCAAGUAUAUAGUAUACUAUAUAGCAUAUACAUACGUAUGUAUAUGUAUACACACCCCUACCACAGAUACCGCUUUCAAAGUGUAUUUAUCUAUUUGAAAUUUGGAAAUACUUUUGCUAUAUAUUUAGUUUGUUCUUGUUGUUUGUAUAAGAAACGGGAGGUUAUCUAGAUAAACUAACAUUCCUAUAAGAUGAAAGAAGAUUAAAUCUAUUAUUAACAGUUGUGAAACACA